UGCGCCGGGCGGGAGAACCCAGGGGAGCUGCCGAGACACCGCGGGGGGUAAAAGCAGCGGCCGGACGGUGCCUGCCGGCGCUCCGCGGGCGGCGACGGCUCACAUGGACCCCGGCCAGAGCAUCCUGGGUCACCGGGCGGCCGCCAGGGAGCUGCUGCAAGGGGCGGCCGCGGCCGUGAAGGGCCUCGGGGAAGAUCUGAGGGGUGCAGCGAGCCGGCCCUGGAUCCCGAAGCGGGAGGCGCCUCGAAAGGCUGCGGCGGCUGCGGGACACGAGAUCUUACUGCCAAACGAGAGAAACUUUCAGAAUGCUGCAAAAAGCAAUAAUUUGGAUCUUAUGGAGAAGCUGUUUGAAAAGAAGGUUAACAUUAAUGCUGUGAACAAUAUGAACCGCACAGCCCUGCAUUUUGCAGUGGGGGCAAAUCAUAUAUCUGCAGUGGAUUUCUUGCUCAAUCAUAAGGCAAGAGUGGAUAUUGCUGAUAAGCAUGGCUUGACAGUACUUCACCUUGCAGCCUGGUCUGGAAGUCUCGAGAUCAUGCUCGUGCUUAUUCGAGCUGGAGCAGACCAAAGGGCCAAGAAUGAGGAUGGAAUGAAUGCCCUCCACUUUGCAGCUCAGAGCAAUAAUGUACGCAUUGUGGAGUACCUCAUUCAAGAUCUGCACUUGAAGGACCUGGACCAGCCUGAUGAGAAAGGAAGAAAACCAUUUCUUUGGGCAGCUGAGAGGGGCCACACUGAAAUGAUAGAAAAACUUAUCUUCCUUAAUCUACAUACUUCAGAAAAGGACAAGGAGGGGAAUGCUGCCCUGCAUCUUGCAGCAAAGCAUGGUCACAGUCCUGUGGUCAGGGUGCUGCUAACCCAAUGGCAAGAAACAAAUGAGAUCAAUGAGAAUGGAGAAACACCAUUUUUCCUGGCUGUUAAAGGAGGUCAUGAAGAAUGCAGCAAAGUGCUUCUGGCAGCAGGAAGUGAUGUCAACAUUCCAAAUAAACACAACAUCACUGCUUUGGAGAUGGCAACCCAGAAUGGGCAUACAUCCCUUGUCAGGUGUCUUCUUGGGGAGAAUGUUGAUCUGCACCAGAACAUGGAACUGAAGGACUCCCCUCUUCAUUUAGCUGUUAUCAACAACCAUAUCUCAGUUGUGAACAGCUUAAUAAGGGCACAGCACGAUGUUGACACCUUAAAUCAGAGGCGGCAAACUCCCUUGCAUGUUGCUGCUGAUCUUGGCAAUGUGGAACUAGUGGAAACCUUGCUGAAGGCAAGAUGUGACCUGAAGAUUGUUGAUAAGCAAGGGAAGACUGCCCUGGCCGUGGCCUCCAGGAGCAACCACAGCCUUGUUGUGGACAUGAUCAUUAAAGCAGAGAGAUACUAUGCCUGGAAAGAGCAGCAUGGUGAGAACAUCAGGGACCCAUCAACCAGAUUUACUUUGACAUUCAAGCAAGAUCACAGUUUAGAGACCAGACAUAUUCGCAGUCUUCUCUGGAAACUGGCUUACCAGCAGCUUAAGGCCAACGAGUGGCAGAGGCUGGCCCGUUCCUGGAACUUUACAGAUGACCAGAUCAGAGCCAUUGAGGAGCAGUGGACAGGGAAGGGAAGUUUCCGUGAACACGGCCACAGGGCUCUGCUCAUCUGGCUGCAUGGGACCCUGAUGACACAGGCCACUCCAGUCAAACAUCUGUAUGAAGAGCUGAUACGCGCAGGCUUCCCAGAACUAGCUGAAAAGAUCCGUCGACAAAAAAACGAAACAGACUCAAGGUCCAAGAAAUGUGCAGUUUCAUAGAUGCCUAAAGGAAUUGUAUUUAAUUGAUUUUCCACUCAGCGUUUUCCUUUAAAUUCAGUCCUUUAAUGCCAUAAAAUUCUAGCAGUAGUAUUGAUUUUCAGCUAUGACGAUGGUGGUGACAGGAAGCUCUACCAGAUGAAAAAAUGGUAGUAGUACUUGCCAACUACAGAAAUGAAAGGUCAGAAUUUU